AUGGUUAAGCGAAUCGGAAUCUUAGGAGCAAGCUGCCGAGCGGCUGCUCAGUCUUGUGCCAAAGCAGGCUUCGAAGUCGAAGUGGUCGACUUGUUCACCGACUUUGAUACGCGGCAAGUUGCCGAUGUGCGUGUCCUGAAAAAUCUUCCGUGGACUGCACCAAAGUGGCUGAGCGAAUCCAGCGUCGACGCGUGGUGUUACGCAGGCGGACCGGAGAACUACCGUGGCGUUGUCCGGAAGAUGUCGAAGAUUCGUCCACUGCUUGGAAACUCGGCCGAUACGCUUUGGAAAGUUCGCAAUCCAUUUUGGCUGGCUGACGUGGCCGAGCGGCAUCAAUUCGCGUUUCCUGAGACGCAUCGCCUACACGACCCCAACUACGAUCCCGUCAACCCUCGGCGAAGCGAGAAGUGGUUGGUCAAGCCGUUCAAAUCUGGCGGAGGCCUGCGGAUCGAAACGCUAAGGUCACUUCCUGAACUGCCGCGUCGGUUUUACUUGCAGCGAAAACUUUCAGGCACACCGAUGUCGGCAGCCAUUCUUUCCACGAAGGCUGGCUGGCAAAUCCUGGGACGGUGUCGUCUGGAUGUGGGACGGACGUAUGGAGUGCCAGGACCGUUUGUGUUUGCAGGAGCCACACUGGUAAGCCAUGUCGGUACGUCUGAAAUUCGGAAGAUGGUCGACGCCGUCCACCACGAAGCCAAUAUGAUUGGGCUGUGGGGGAUCGACUAUAUCGAGUCCGAUCAGGCAACGCUGUUGGAAGUGAAUCCGCGGUGGACAGCAUCGAUGGCGUUGUUCGAUCGCCAACGUGACGAUCCAUUGAUGGGCUAUCAUGUCGCCGCGUGCGUGGGGGAAACAGUCGAGCGUUUGCCGCGUGGAAGAUCAGGUUCCAGCGGUUCACGAAUCGUCUACGCAAACCGGCGACUUACGUUCACCACGGCGUUACUUGAAAGGGUGCUCGCCGUCUAUUCCGAUCAGGUUGCGGAUAUUCCAAUGCCUGACACGGUCAUCGAAAAAGGGCAUCCGAUCUGCACGCUCUAUGUCAAUGGAAUUGAUGCGGCGGAC